AUGGCCUCGAACAAUCCCUACGCCAAGCCGAACGGCGGCUACUCGGCUUACUCGCCCUCCAACUCCUACGGCCAGGCCAGCACCUCGUACACGGCGGCGGCGGCCGGAGCGUACCCGCCAGUCGCAGCAGCAGGGCCUGCUUACCCGGCGUACCCGACUGCGGGCCCAGCAGCAGGGCCGAGCAUUCCUGCCGGCGGCUACGACAUGAACCUCGCCCAGCAGUCGUCCAUCUACACGCCCGAGGCGGCAAAGUCGGGCAGGCCGGUCGCCAGCGUCGCCAACAAGGGCAAGGCGCGGACCACAGUGCUGCGCAAGGGCGGUGGAGAGGUCUGGGAGGACCAGAGUCUGCUCGAGUGGGAUCCUUCCCACUUCCGACUGUUCAUCGGCGACCUCGACCCAGCCAUCUCGGACGAUGCCUUUCAAGCCGCCUUCUCCGGCCCUCGCUUCCCCUCCUUCGUCAAGUCCAAGGUCAUCCGCGACAAGUACACCAACAAGGGUCGAGGGUACGGCUUUGUCUCGUACAGCGAUCCGGAGGACUUCCUGAAGGCUUGGAAGGAGAUGAACGGCAAGUACGUUGGCAUGCGUCCCGUCACGAUCAAGAAGGCGAACGCAGGCGUCAAGGCCGUCAACAUCGGUUCGAAGAAGGCCCAGCAACUCGAGGCCAAGCAGCCGCAGAAGACCGGCACGGUCCCGUACGAGCGCGCGAAUGCCGAAGAGGCGGGUCACAGGGCGAUCCCGGGCGAGAAGGGGUACGGACCGCAGAGGAGCAGGAAGACGUACAUUCGUCGGUGA